UUAUUUUUAUUAUUCUAAUGGAUAUCCAACUCUCAAGAGCAAUCGCAAAGUUAUCUUUACUAGAUUCAAUAAAGAUGGUUAAAAAACUAACUUGUCAUUACUCUUUUGGAAAAGAGCAUAUUGAAGAUCGUUUUGAUAUUUGUAUAGCAGACAAGAUUGACUGUCAAAUCGUGUUUGAUUCGUCCAACUAUCGAUUCCCGCCUGAUCUCAUCUUUAGAAAUCGUCAUGUAAAAGAGUUGUUUGAUGUGGACGAUGUGGCAAGUCUUUUGCCUGAUAAGGAGUGGAAUAUAAAUGAUGAAGAUUGUUUAUAUGACUGGUUUGAACGUAUUCUGACUACUGUCAAACAAGAUGCCUUACAACAAGACACUCGAAAGAAGCGCAGUACGUUGGAUCCAGAUGCAGAUCAUGUCUCUAAACGAAGGAAACCAGCCAUGCCUGACUUGAGUGAUGAUGAAAAAGAUGUAUUCCAAAAGAAGUCAUCUUGUAAACUAGACAAUUAUCCUAUUUUUACAAUCAAACAAUCAACAACAUCAGAGAGAAAACCAAACAUGGAUUCAUGCGUCAUUCCACCCAACGCAAUACAAAAGAGAAAAGAAUGCGUGAUGAUGUGGAUAAAGAAAUUUAGAGAUCAAAUCAUACGGUAUGAUCCAGUUGAAUUUAGGCAUUUUACACUCUACUUGAAUUUCAAAAUUGCUCAAGAUACUGCUUUAUGGAAACGUUAUUAUCAGUUAAAGCGAGAGAGAUUGACUGUAUUUCAAUCGAUUCAUAAUGAUACAGACAAGCAUUUAGCACGUCCUAAACCAUUUGCCCCCAUGAUAGUGCAUUUUCAAAUGAAUCAUGAUUUCCCAAUAAGCAAAAUCAAGGUCAAAUUGAUAUCUGUCUUGAAUACAACUGAAGUCAAAUCUUCAGAUCCCGAUACAAAAAUCAUACAUUUUCGAGUCAAUUCCAUGGAGGACAUGAUACAAGAUAUUAUGCCACAACUGACUGAUCAUGCUAUUCGAUUCCAUUUACUACAACAACAACCAUAAACAACACCAAAUGUAAAUAAUAAUCUUAAGAAAAAUAGUUACAAAAAGUAUAGUGUAUGUCUACAAUAAAGG